ACGUUACUCGAAUGCGUCUUACACCAGGGCGUAGUGAGUUAAAUCAUUGGUAUAUCAGUUAUCUUUGGCACACAGUGAAAUUCAAAGCUUCGCUGAUAAUCAAAAUACAGUGAACACGAAAGCAAGGGUAGCUUCUGGUUGCUAGUGAAUUUGAAAUCUCAACUAACAAAUAGGAACUCAGUGUUGCAAGAUUCUGUACAGCAAGAUCUUCCAUAGUGCUUUCCGCCAUGGAUUAUGACUCCCUUAUUUAUAUUGCGAACUACUACGAUGAUCUGAUGAACCGAGCGAUACAGGUGAAACCUGCGGACAGCGAGAAUAGAGGAGAUCGCAAGCUGUUCGUUGGCAUGCUCAGCAAACAACAAACAGAGGAGGAUGUGCGCCAGUUGUUCACUCCGUUCGGUACAAUAGAGGAGUGCUCCAUACUACGAGGACCGGACGGUGCGAGUAAAGGGUGCGCGUUUGUCAAAUACAGUUCUCACCAGGAGGCUCAGGCAGCCAUCACUAGUCUUCACGGCAGUCAGACUAUGCCGGGAGCCUCAUCGAGCCUGGUAGUAAAAUUCGCGGACACGGAAAAGGAACGUCAACUUCGUCGCAUGCAGCAGAUGGCCGGCAACAUGAGCCUGCUGAACCCGUUCGUUUUCAAUCAGUUCGGAGCUUACGGAACCUACGCUCAGGUCAUCACCGAGCAAGUUGACCUACAGCAACAAGCGGCAUUGAUGGUGGCCGCCACCGCCCAAGGCUAUAUCAGUCCUAUGACAGCGCUCGCGUCCCACGCUCUAAACGGAAUGGCCAAUUCCGUAGUGCCAGCUACCUCUGAUAACUUCACCGGGCUCGCGAUAGGCACAGGAGGUGGACAGCCACUGAAUGGAGCGCUUCCAUCUCUGCCAUCGCCAACGAUGCCAGGCUUUAACAUGGCAGCUCAGACAAAUGGGCAGCCACCACCGCAAGAGGCGGUAUAUACUAAUGGCAUCCACCAGACAUUUACUGGACCCGUGCCAGUGACAGCGCAGGGCAUCCCUAACGGCGAAGCAGCGCUGCAACACGCUGCUUACCCCAGCAUGCAGCCCUUCCCCGGCGUCGCUUAUCCAGCCGUUUAUGGGCAGUUUCCGCAGCCCAUCCCGCCGCCGAUGUCGACAAUAGCGCCAGCGCAAAGAGAAGAUUUUCUCGUGUUUCCAGGAUGCUCCAUUUCGGGGCCUGAGGGCUGUAACCUGUUCAUAUACCACUUGCCACAAGAAUUCGGGGACGCCGAGCUGAUGCAGAUGUUCCUCCCGUUCGGGAAUGUAAUAAGCAGCAAGGUGUUCAUUGACCGUGCCACCAAUCAGAGCAAAUGUUUCGGCUUUGUAUCGUUUGACAACCCGACGUCAGCCCAGGCCGCCAUUCAAGCAAUGAAUGGCUUCCAGAUCGGCAUGAAGCGGCUAAAGGUGCAGCUAAAACGGCCCAAGGAUGCCAACCGGCCUUACUAACCCUCGACGCCGUCCGCACGCGCUUAUGCCGUGCCCAAGAAGGCUGCCGGCAAGUACCCUUCGCCCGCGGUGCGCUUCUUUGCGUAUUAUCAAGAAUUCUAAGGAAUUUAACAUUUAUUGUAUAGUAAAUAUCAUUAACUACAUUACUUACUUAAAGAGAUAUGCAAGCCCCAGCGGCGAGUAUACUAUAUUAAUUAAAGUAAUUUAUUGAUCAGCGCGUAGGAAAGCUUCAUUCUUAUCAUUAUCAAUUAAUCAUUAAAAUACUCUAUUAUAUUAUUAUAUAUACAAUUUAUUAACUUUGAUUAAAUUAUUAUUAUUAUUAAAUGACACGUUAUAAAAAUUUUGUCAUUCGUAAUCAUACUUCUACUUCUAAGUACUUAACGUUUAACUGAAACUUUUAACAUAAAUUUAUUAUACUAGUUAUUUGCUUGAACUAAGCCAAACUGAAUUUAUUAAGUAAGUCGAGAGUAAGAAAAAAUGUAUUUUAAUUAUUGUAUAUUGCAUAAUCGUACCGGGUUGGUAUGUCUUUGUGUUGCGGCGGUAGGCUGUGGUGGCGGGUCGGUUCGGAGACCAGCUCAGAGACGCGCCAACCCUGGCUCGCGACACU